AUUACAUCUCUGCCACUGUUUGUAUAACUGUAUAAUAUGACCAUGUUGAGCUCUGCAGGUUAAUACACACUGUGUCUUUAAGAACGACAGGGGGGCCUGUAACCCUCCCUCCCGAACCUACUGAAGACAAUUCAACCAAGAGCUCAGAGCCCACGUUUCAGAGCCACGACUAACAUCAUCACUGCUUGACAGGGAGAGAAACAGCAUGACACUCAAGGAGGAGUUGAAGAGCCGCCGAUUCUGGCGCGCAGUCCUGGCCGAGACCCUCGGCUCUCUGAUCUUUGUGAUGGCAGCGCUGGGCUCCUCGCUGCCCAGUCCAGGGCAGGGCUGCUCGGUUCCCCUGGUCCAGCCAGCUCUGGCGGUCGGGUUCACAGUGGUGGGGCUGGGUCACUGCUUCGGGGAGAUCAGUGGAGCCCAGAUGAACCCUGCAGUCACCCUGGCCUUCCUUGCCACCCGCAAACUAGACAUUCUCCGAACAGCCUGCUACAUCCUGGGCCAGUGUCUGGGAGCCACGCUGGGGGCUGGGAUCCUGUACCUCACCCUGCCUCUGAAGUCUGCAGCAGAGUGCUAUGUGAACAAGGUGAACUCAGAGGGCAAUGCUGGCCAGGCUCUGGGGAUGGAAGUCCUUGUCACCUUCCAGCUGGUCUUCACCAUCUUCUCUGUGGAGGAUCACAGGAGGAGGGAGGUGGGGGAGCCAGGGAACCUGGCCAUCGGAUUGUCAGUGAGCGCCGGCGUGCUCACGGCGGGUCGUUUCUCCGGAGGCAGCAUGAAUCCCGCUCGAUCCCUGGGCCCUGCGAUAAUCACCGGGAUCUGGGAGCAUCACUGGGUGUACUGGAUCGGUCCAAUGCUGGGUGCAGUCCUGGCUGGACUCUCUCAUGAGUUCUUCUUCGCAGCCAGCGCGUCUCGCCAGAAGCUGAUCGCCUGCCUCACGUGUAAAGACAUCGAGAUCAUGGAGACGGCUAGCGCGUCACGGUCCUCACUGUCCACCGUCACACAGUCCGCCAUGCGGGCCAAACACACCAACAAGAAUGACCACAACUGACCAGGGACUGACCAAAGCAACCAAUAACACACCUGACCCAGUGACUGACCAAUGUUACAACCUAAACUUACUAGCAACCAAGCACUGAUUAGCACCAGCAACCGUCCAGACAUUGAAUAAGAAUAAGAUAUCCAGCUGGUUUCACAGACCCUGAAUAGCACGAAUCUUGGACUGUCCAGUGUUACUUUAGGUGGUGCUAAUCAGGAUCCAGAUGAUCAAGUCAUUAGUCUGCAAAUUUAAUUACGUUAAGAUUCAUAUGUUAGUCUCCCAGGGUCUCCCCUGGUAAAGGCACGACCAUGUGGUGUGCAGGGUGAGUCACAUAGUCAAGGGAGUGCAGGUUCCUGGCUGUGUGGAGUGGCUGGUUUUCACUGGGGUUUCCAGAGGGAGCAUCACAUUGGCUCUGGUGCUCUUGUGGGUUCGGGAGGCAAAACUGGCAGAGACUGUUUCUCCUCAUCAUGAUACAGCGGACCCUACCAGCCAGGCACCCAGGGAGCUCAGAGCAGACACCUGCAGGGCUGGGGAACACAAGGCCACUUUGUGACUUGGAACUUGGUUUCAGGAGACUAGGUUUCAGGCUUGUUCCUGAAAAAGUGGCUUUGUGUUCCCUCAGCUUAAAGUAUAAGUCUGCCAUCGCUGUAAUUUUAAAUUAAAAUCAAGGAUAUUAUAUAACACAGUUCAGAGACCUCUAAUAAAACGUUGUAUUCAAUAUAUUUAACUGUUUUUUAAAAUACAACAAUACUCCACAGAUAAAAACAGAUGACAACGUAAUUUUAAUUUAGGUACACAUUUUGACUUCUAAAAAGCCGGUGUUUAAAGAUGAAUAUAUAAAAAUCCUUCACAGGAACUCCACAAUAAAGCACCUAAAUGCUCCUCACAACACUUGAUACAGAAUGUCCACUCAACUAAAUGAUCUAUCAUUGUAACCAGCAUAUACACUGACCCGUUACUGAGCAAGCAUUGACCAGACCAACUACUGACCAACCCCUGACCAGAGAAUGACCAGCAGCAACCAGCAACAUAGUGUACCUUUUGUUUCAUGAGAUUUGUAUAUAGCCCACAGUGCCUCUAGGUGGCUUAAUCAUGUAAUUGUCUUGGAAUGUUUUUGAGAGUGACACCAGGUGGUGGGAAAUUGUAAACUGCAAUAAGCAUCAUACACAGAAAGUUUUCAUUUUUGUUAGUUCUGAACCAUACACUGUAAUAUUUACUAAUAUUACAUGUUUUAUUUAUUCAUUUUUAUUUACAAUUUAAGUAUUUUUUAAUAUUUUAGUACAGUACCAGGAUAAAAUGCAGCGAUAAUUCUCCCAAGUGCAAUGAAAGUAUAUUUAAACCUACUGUACAUUUAUAGUGGAAUUCAGACUUCCCUGGGAUCAAACUCCGAACCUGCUUGGCAACCUAAUUUGGAGCAGUGUGAUUCACAGUCUUUCUGACGUUGGAUUUGAAUGAAUGCGAGAUUCCAUAAUGAAAAUGUUAUUAAUGCUAGAACUCUAAAAAGGCUUUGGUGUUCCGGGGUCACACUAGAUAGGUCUUGUACUGUAUUGUAUACAGGGCAAUGCUAACGGGAGGUUCACUCUAGAUAUGUAUUGUACACAGGACAAUGCUCACAGGAGGUUCACUCUAGAUCUGUAUUGUAUACAGGGCAAUGCUCACAGGAGGUUCACUCUAGAUAUGUAUUGUACACAGGGCAAUGCUCACGGGAGGUUCACUCUAGAUCUGUAUUGUACACAGGACAAUGCUCACAGGAGGUUCACUCUAGAUAUGUAUUGUACACAGGGCAAUGCUCACGGGAGGCAUACACUUAUCAGAGGAAUAGACGUAGAUUGCAAACUAUUUCAGGCCUAAGAAAACUGUACUUUUGUAAAAAUGUGCACUAAUCUAAAUUCACUGCAGCCCUCUAACGGACUACAUAUCCUGUUUGAUCACCCGGUGCGCUCAAAACAGACUCCUGCAGCGUUAGACUUUGUCCUCCAGGGGGCGGUGGCUCACCUUCGCUGUGGAACUCCGGGGCGUGAGAGGUGAUUGGCUUGGGGACCCCCGCUGACCUUCAGCUCUCCUGAGCUGUGUGGGGAUUUGUUGUGGUGAAGAAGCGUUACUGGCGAAAAACAAGGGCACAAUAAACUGAAAAAAAUCUAAAUAUCUGGUGUACGUUCUAAGAUAAGAAAUGCACUGAAGCUACCAUUUUAAAUGAUUGAAUUAGCUUUCAAAUGUGUAAUAAUACCUACUUCAGAAAUAAAUGAAGAAACAGCUCUAAAAUGAAGCUUAAAUGUAGUCAUGUAUAAUCACAGAAUGUAUUUCAAUGUUUUAUUAUGGUAUGUGUUUUUAUCCCAAUGCAAAGUUAAUGACUCAAAACAAACAAAGUCUCUUCUGUAUCAGAUAAAGUGCCAAAGUUCUGGUGCAAUGCCGAAUAAUUGGCAUAUCAAAAGUAUUCUGUGCUUUGUAUGGAUUUUAUGAGCUAGUGUUUAAGUUUUUCAAAUGUGUAACUUGAACCUUUAUUUUUGUAUAAAUGUAUGUAUACCAGAGAACUUAAUACAAGAAUGACUUUAUAGUGGUACAGUGCGCACAUGUAUUAGAACACCCUAUUGCUUCUAUAAGUGUGGAGUAGUGGUUAGGGCUCUGGACUCUUGACCGGAGGGUUGUGGGUUCAAUCCCAGGUGGGGGACACUGCUGCUGUACCCUUGAGCAAGGUACUUUACCUAGAUUGCUCCAGUAAAAACCCAACUGUAUAAAUGGGUAAUUGUAUGUAAAAAUAAUGUGGUAUUUUGUAACAAUUGUAAGUAGCCCUGAUAAGGGCGUCUGCUAAGAAAUAAAUACAAAUAAUACAGCAGUGUGCACAUGUAUUAGAACACCCCAUUGCUUCUGUAUUAGAACACCCCAUUGCUUCUGUAUUAGAACACCCCAUUGCUUCUGUAUUAGAACACCCCAUUGCUUCCGUAUUAGAACACCCCAUUGCUUCUGUAUUAGAACACCCCAUUGCUUCUGUAUUAGAACACCCCAUUGCUUCUGUAUCAGAACACCCCAUUGCUUCUGUAUUAGAACACCCCAUUGCUUCUGUAUCACAGCACCCCAUUGCUUCUGUAUUAGAACACCCCAUUGCUUCUGUAUCACAGCACCCCA